GGGGUGGGCUGGAUCAAGGUCAGGAGAUCGGGAGACCGCCCCUGGCUAAAUAUGAAACCCAUCUCUACAAAAAGUACAAAAACGUAGCGGGCGUGUGGGCACUGUGUUAGUCGCCCAGCUACUCGGGAGGCUGAGGCAGGAGAAUGGCGUGAACCUGGGAGGCCGAGCUUGCAGUGAGCUGAGAUCGCACCACUCACUCCAGCCUAGGCAACAGCACGAGACUCUGUCUCAAAAAAAAAAAAAAAAAAAAUCCAUACUUCAUUCCAACUUUACAAGAUGGGGAAAUCGAGGUUCAGGGAAGCAUGUAACCUAGAUUGUUGUUUAACCAGUAUUGGGGGUUAAAGGGGUGACCGUCCGGUCGUGUUCACACCCACUUCAUGUAGACCUGUUGGCCCUCUUUCCUUGCCACUACCCAUUUCUGGAUUCAGACUUCCCCAGAACCUCACCCCUUGCCUGCCCUCAGCUGACUGCUCAUUCAUUCAUUCAUUUGCCAAGGGGAGACAGGUGUGGACAUGAGUGGCUGGGAUGCAGUGCCAUAGCAGGCUGGGGGACAUGAGAGAACCGAUCCAGCACUGCUACCCGGGGCAGGAGUAGAGGAUUAGGGAAGGGGACACCGGAGCCACUCCCAAGGGAAUGAAGGCUUUCUGAACCUGUUGUGAUGAUAGAGCCACGAAUCCCCUGAACAAGGAGCUUGACUGGGCCAGCAUCAACGGCUUCUGCGAGCAGCUCAACGAGGACUUUGAGGGGCCUCCACUCGCCACCCGACUGCUGGCCCACAAGAUCCAGUCCCCGCAGGAGUGGGAGGCGAUCCAGGCCUUGACGGUGCUGGAAACAUGCAUGAAGAGCUGCGGCAAGCGGUUCCACGACGAAGUGGGCAAGUUCCGCUUUCUCAACGAGCUCAUCAAGGUUGUGUCUCCCAAGUAUCUGGGCUCUCGGACAUCGGAGAAGGUGAAAAACAAGAUCUUGGAGCUCCUCUACAGCUGGACAGUGGGCCUGCCCGAGGAAGUGAAAAUCGCAGAGGCCUACCAGAUGCUAAAGAAGCAGGGAAUUGUGAAGUCCGACCCCAAGCUUCCAGAUGACACUACCUUUCCCCUUCCUCCUCCACGGCCCAAGAAUGUGAUCUUUGAAGAUGAGGAGAAAUCCAAGAUGCUGGCCCGCCUGCUGAAGAGCUCCCAUCCCGAAGACCUCCGCGCAGCCAAUAAGCUCAUCAAAGAGAUGGUGCAGGAGGACCAGAAGCGGAUGGAGAAGAUCUCGAAGCGGGUGAAUGCCAUCGAGGAGGUGAACAACAAUGUGAAACUGCUCACGGAGAUGGUGAUGAGCCACAGCCAGGGCGGCGCAGCAGCCGGCAGCAGCGAGGACCUCAUGAAGGAACUGUACCAGCGCUGUGAGCGGAUGCGGCCCACGCUCUUCCGACUAGCCAGCGACACAGAGGACAAUGAUGAGGCCUUAGCGGAGAUCCUGCAGGCCAAUGACAACCUCACCCAGGUGAUCAACCUGUAUAAGCAGCUGGUGCGGGGUGAGGAGGUCAACGGUGAUGCCACAGCCGGCUCCAUCCCUGGGAGCACCUCAGCCCUGCUGGAUCUCUCAGGCCUGGAUCUCCCGCCUGCGGGCACCACCUACCCAGCCAUGCCCACCCGCCCUGGCGAGCAGGCCAGCCCCGAGCAGCCCAGUGCCUCAGUUUCCCUGCUUGACGACGAGCUCAUGUCUCUGGGCCUCAGUGACCCCACACCCCCUUCAGGCCUGAGCCUGGAUGGUACCGGAUGGAACAGCUUCCAGUCGUCGGAUGCCACUGAGCCCCCAGCCCCUGCUCUGGCCCAGGCCCCCAGUAUGGAAAGCAGACCCCCAGCGCAGACAUCCCUGCCAGCAAGCAGCGGUCUGGACGACCUAGACCUCCUGGGGAAGACCCUCCUGCAGCAGUCGCUGCCCCCGGAGUCCCAGCAAGUGCGGUGGGAGAAGCAGCAGCCAGCCCCCCGGCUCACACUCCGGGACCUGCAGAAUAAGAGCAGCAGCUGCAGCUCCCCCAGCUCCAGCGCCACCAGCCUUCUCCACACCGUGUCCCCAGAGCCCCCCAAGCCUCCGCAGCAGCCCAUACCAACCGAGCUCUCACUGGCCAGCAUCACUGUGCCCCUGGAGUCCAUCAAGCCCAGCAGCAUCCUGCCCGUGACUGUGUAUGACCAGCACGGCUUCCGCGUCCUCUUCCAUUUUGCCCGUGACCCACUGCCAGGGCGCUCCGACGUGCUGGUGGUGGUAGUUUCCAUGCUGAGCACCGCCCCCCAGCCCAUCCGCAACAUCGUGUUCCAGUCAGCUGUCCCCAAGGUUAUGAAGGUGAAGCUGCAGCCACCCUCCGGCACGGAGCUGCCGGCGUUUAACCCCAUAGUCCACCCCUCAGCAAUCACCCAAGUCCUGCUGCUUGCCAACCCCCAGAAGGAGAAGGUUCGCCUCCGCUACAAGCUCACCUUCACCAUGGGCGACCAGACCUACAACGAGAUGGGGGACGUGGACCAGUUCCCGGCACCCGAAACCUGGGGGAGCCUCUAGAACAAAGAGGGGCUGGGGAGAGGAAGGGGCAGAGGGACCGGUCACUGUCCAGCCUGGAGGGAGGCAGUGGUGGCCAAGGACACCCUUUGUUGCCCAUGGCCAUUCACCCCCAGGCCUGGUGCUUCUCCCCACACCCUUGUAGCCCUCAAGUGACUCUUCCCCCUCCUGCUCAGCCCUGCCCCUGCUGAGCCAAACCCAGUAGGAGGCUGGGCCUGGGUUUGCGCCACUGGGGUCUCCAUCACCGGGACCUGUAGAGGGAGGGGCUGUGUAGCCUUGGAAGAACUUGGGGUCAUGGGGAGGAAGCACAGCUGUCGGGGAAGGGCCAGGACCUCAGGCCCAGCCCCAACCCCAGCUGGGGUGGGGUCUUCCCUGCCUGUGUCUUAUGCCUUAUGGGAAGGCCCAGCCAUAACUCGGGGGCCAUGCUGGAGCUGGGGACCAGCUCAGGCCUCCUCCAUAGGAACCCAGUGACUGGGGGGUGACGCCUACACCCCCAGCUGUUUGCACUCUGGUGUGUGGUUUGACUCUGCUUUUCUUCCGGAUUGGCCCUAUGGUCACAGCCACAGGGGACCAGGCUAGGGGAACCUCACCUGGCCCCUACUCCUCCUGGGGGUCUCCCUUUGCCAUUGGGCCCCCUGAGGGACUGUGGGGGCUCAAGGGUAAUGCCCGAGGCCAUGGCCCCAGUGAGGGGCUGUGGGCGCCUAGAGUUAUCAGUGUGUCUCCUUCAUUCAUUGGCCUCUGCUGGGGCCUCCUAUGGGUGUCUCACGUCUGUCUAUCCAUCUGUCCGUGGUCAGAAGUGGGGUCAGUGUGUGAGUGAGAGCAGGAGUAUUUAUGAAAAUAAAACGUCGUUUUUCCUGGA